AUGGCCUCUAGAAUCUCCAUCGCGCGCCUUUCGGCCCAGCGCCUCUCGGCUGUGGCCAGAACUACUCCCCGGGCCUCAUUCCAGCUUCGCAGUGUGAAGGGUCUGUCUACUCUCACGCGCACCAAGGCCUCGGGACUUCUGCAGUCUUCCAGCAAUGUUUCGCGCCUUAACCUUACUCCUCUGGGAGGCUACCAGAUCAGAACCUAUGCCGAUUCUAUCGUCAAGGUCCCCAACAUGGCUGAGUCCAUCACAGAGGGUACUCUGAAGCAGUUCUCGAAACAGGUCGGUGACUUCGUCGAGCGCGACGAGGAAAUUGCCACCAUUGAGACCGACAAGAUCGAUGUCUCGGUUAACGCCCCAGAGUCUGGCACUAUCAAGGAAUUCCUUGUCAGCGAAGAAGAUACCGUCACCGUUGGACAGGACCUCGUCAAGAUUGAGCUUGGCGGCGCACCCGAAGGCGGCAAGAAGGACGAAGGCGCUGAGAAGCCCAAGGAGUCCGAGAAGAAGGAGUCUUCGCCUGCCCCCGCCGAGGCUGAGAAGCCUAAGGAGGCCGAGCCCAAGAAGAAGCCCAAGGAGGCCCCCAAGGCUGAGUCCAAGCCCCAACCUGCCGCUCAGCCAGCUCUUGGUAGCCGCGAGGAACGUCGUGUCAAGAUGAACCGUAUGCGUCUGCGCAUCGCUGAGCGCCUCAAGCAGUCCCAGAACACCGCUGCUUCUCUCACCACUUUCAAUGAGGUCGACAUGUCUUCCCUGAUGGAGUUCCGCAAGCUUUACAAGGACGAUGUUCUCAAGAAGACCGGCGUGAAGCUUGGCUUCAUGAGCGCUUUCUCCCGCGCUUGCGUGCUUGCCAUGCGGGAUAUCCCCGCCGUCAACGCCUCCAUCGAAGGCCCCAACGGCGGUGACACCAUCGUCUACCGUGACUAUGUCGACAUCAGUGUCGCCGUCGCCACCGAGAAGGGACUUGUCACUCCCGUCGUUCGCAACACCGAGGGCAAGGACCUUGUUGGCAUCGAGCAGGCUAUUGCCGACCUUGGCAAGAAGGCCCGUGACAACAAGCUGACCAUUGAGGAUAUGGCCGGCGGUACCUUCACCAUCUCCAACGGUGGUGUCUUCGGAUCGCUGAUGGGUACCCCCAUCAUAAACGCUCCCCAAACUGCUGUGCUUGGUCUCCACGCUAUCAAGGACAAGCCCGUUGCUGUCAACGGCAAGGUUGAAAUCCGCCCGAUGAUGUACCUCGCUCUCACCUACGAUCACCGUCUCCUCGACGGUCGCGAGGCCGUCACUUUCCUUGUCAAGGUCAAGGAGUACAUUGAAGACCCCCGCCGUAUGCUGCUCGGCUAA